AUGGAGAAUGUCACGAUGGUGAAUGAGUUUCUUUUACUUGGCCUGACCAGUGUUCGGGAGCUGCAACCUGUCUUCUUUGUGACUUUCUUAGUUAUUUACCUAAUAAACCUGAUUGGAAAUGGAGCUAUAUUAGCGAUUGUUAUUUUGGAACCAAAACUGCACUGCCCUAUGUAUUUUUUUCUGGGAAAUCUUUCUUGCCUGGAUAUUUGCUAUUCUUCCGUGACACUUCCCAAGGUACUCAUAAACCUCCUCUCUACUCACAGGGGCAUAUCUUUCCUAGGCUGUAUCACGCAGCUACACUUUUUCCACUUUCUAGGAAGCACAGAGGCCCUUUUGCUGGCUGUGAUGGCCUUUGACCGAUUUGUGGCCAUUUGCAACCCACUUCGCUACACUGUCACCAUGAACCCCCAGCUGUGUAUUAUGCUGGCAGCCAUGGCCUGGAUUGCCAGCUUUUUUAAUGCUCUGAUGCAUUCCAUCAUGACUGCACGCCUGAGUUUUUGCCACUCUCAGAAACUCAAUCACUUCUUCUGCGAUGUGAAGCCUCUCCUGGAACUGGCCUGUAGUAACACAUUACUCAACCAAUGGCUGCUCUCUGUGGUCACAGGCAGCAUCUCUAUGGGUGCUUUCUGCCUUACCCUCCUCUCCUAUUUCUAUAUUCUUGGCUUCCUUUUAUUCAAGAACCCGUCCUGCAGAAUACUUCAUAAGGCACUGUCUACUUGUGCCUCCCAUUUUAUCGUUGUGUGUCUUUUCUAUGGACCUGUGGGCCUCACAUACAUUCGUCCUGCCUCAGCCACCUCCAUGAAUCAGGAUCGGAUAGUGGCCAUCAUCUACAGUGCAGUCACCCCAGUGCUGAAUCCACUGAUAUACACUCUUAGGAAUAAAGAAGUGAUGCUGGCCCUGAAGAAAACCUUUGGGAGCAAGUUGUUUAAAGACUGCCAGAUAUACCACUAG